AAUGAAUAUUAAAUAUAUUGAGAAUCAAUUAUAACUAGGUUGAGGAUGUUGUUCUGAAAUUUGAAAGCUUGCACAUGAAAUUUGAGAUAACACCAUCAUUAGAAUCAUACAAGGAGCUCAUUAAGUUUUGCUGCAGUUCACGUAAGGUGCAACUGGCUCUUGAUAUUGUUAACCAGAUUUCUCAAGACGGUUUGAGCUUGUCCAUAGACAUGCUAAGUUGCAUAUUGCAUGCUAUUGAAGAGAACUAUGAGUGGAUCUGUUGCCAUAACCUUAAGCCAAAUGCUGAGACAUUUAGAAGGAUGAUAAUUUUGAGUGUGAAAAUGAAAGAUUUUGAUGGUGCAUAUGCGAUGCUGAAUGAUUCAAGGAAAAUGAACGUUAAACCUGUAGCUGGCAUGUAUAAUGCUAUAAUGGCAGGAUAUUUUCGACAGAAGAAAAUUUCUGCUGGGUCGAGGGUUCUCAAGCAAAUGGAACUUGACAGUGUAAAACCAGAUCCCCAAACUUACAGCUAUCUAAUAGCCUAUUGUGAAUGUGAAGAGGAUAUUAUCAAGGUAGUUCGAUGCAAUGUAGUAAUUGCUUGAAAUUUAUGUCUUCGCUGUUUCUAUAUGUAGAUAAGUUCAUCUCUGCUGUCUCUUGCAUUAUUGCUACUUCUAUUCUUGUCGUGCUGCAAAUGGGUUUCAUGGCCACUGAUACAAUAAUUUCAUUAUUUGCUU